AUUUAAAUGUGGGCGUACGAGUUUGCGAAAAAGAAAACUAGGUAUAAGGUUAGCUCCCUGAAAAGCUUCCUCAAGGUGAACCACGACUUACCCAAGGUCUGGUUUGAAGAAGAUGAGGUUCCUCCACCGUUGAGGACUAAUUUCAUCCUCAGAGUUUGUAAAUUCUUAACAAUGUUGUGCCUUUUGAUAAUUUUUACUUAUGUUAUGAUUGAUUUUCAAGACAAAGAUUACCAAGACAUGUGAAAUAGGAGGAAAGAGUGUUAUAAUUACUGUAAUAGAGACUUCUUCCCAGACCUCAAAUGUCAAGAGGUCACAGGGAUCACAUUAAUCUAUCGAGGGAAUGCUUACUCAAAGUUCUUUGCUUAUCCUGUUCCCACCAAUACUACAAAUUUUGAUAUUUGAAAUGGUUUCAAGGAAGACAACAUUAGAUAUCAUUUCAUCUCCCAUCUAAACAGGCAGGCGAGGAUCAACACUUGAUUUGAUUACUGUUCUGCUGGUGUGGGAAGUGAUAACAAUUUCAUUUCUGAUGGACGACCAUUAUGAUCAAGCCUGACUAUUUCUGAACAGUCGCAGCUUCUCUGUCUUUAUCCUGAGGAAUCAUGAGAGUAUACUGUUAUUGACUCUGAAGAGGUACUCCUAGGAGAUGGGAAGAAUGUGAUCUCCUUCUCUCCUUUGAUCGGGUUCUACGCCAUGAUCAUAAUGUCGCCAAUAUACUUUAUCUUUGAAAUCCUUUGUAUUCUAUUGGCGAGGAUGAACGUUGAUAACCAAAAUAGCUUAGGUCAAAGCAGUAAGGUGAUGGCAUUCCAGGUGUUUAUGACAUGUAUCUUCGUAAUAACUUUAAUAACUGCUAUCCAUCACAUCUUAAUGACGCAUGAGCAUGGGAGGCCAAAUCUACUCUGGCUUACCUUCCUGUUUGCCUUUAUUCUUGAUCAGAUCAAGACAUUCAUAAUUUUAGUCCUCAUCUGGUACAUUCUAAUUAAGCGCUGAGGCUAUUUGGCCCAAAAUGAGAUUGAAUUCAAAGUAGUAGAGGACCCUCAGAGUUUGAAGGAUGAGAAGUUCCUCCCAGCAUUCAAAGAAAUGCUGAUGAAAUUCCUUGAAUCAAGCUAUUUUGAGAAUUCUUCCUUCCUAUUAGUUGGAAUCUACACAAUUUUUAUUCUAUAUUGGUUGGCGAUUCAGGACAUCCUGAACCUUUUGACUACAGAUACGCUGUCAAUAAUCGAUAUUGUGUUCACAAUUCUAUUUUUAGUAGAAAUUAUUGUGAAAACAUUCGCAUCAAAUUGAAGAUACCUUCUUGAUAAAUUCAACCUCCUGGAUGCACUAAUUGUGAUGAUCUCUUUCGUCCUCAACCUGAUUGGUAUAGUUGCCAAAGGGCUUGGAGUCCUCAGGCUGAUCAGAGUAGGUGUCAUCACUGUUAGAAGAAUCACAGGGAAAGAGACAAUUGAUCCAGAAGGAGGCGUCAUGAAAGUUAUGAGACAAAUUGAAUCUCUCCCUCAGCUAAGUCCAGCUCUGAAGAAGGAAUGAACGUGGGCCAUAGAGAUUAUAGAGAAUAACAAGCUGUAUGAUAUCAAUCUAGAGAUGAACAAUAAUGAUAAGAAUCUGGAAAUGGAAGCUAAACGAUGGCUACACCUGGCAUCUGAUGUAUCCAAUGAUACCUCCCUCUGGUUCGAGCGAGAUCUAGAUGACUUUUUAAAGGAAAUUCAUAGAGAGAUUGAAGAGGAUCAUAAUAAGCAAGAGGAAGAUGAUGAGAAAAUUAAAGGAAUUCUAGAUCUUCCAACCAGAAAAUGGAACAGACUGGUCAAAAUGCUUGACCAUUUUGAUGAUUUCAAUUUUGAUAUUUUCAAGUAUUACGAAAUUCUUGGAGAUUCUACGCUACCACAUUUUAGUUUCAGAAUUUUCCAUAAGUAUUCCUUACUUGAAAAGUUCAAUAUUUCAGAGAAUCAUUUUAAGCAGCUUUGUACUAAGAUUCAUGACUCAUUUUAUGAUAAAAGUAUCUAUCAUUCUCCAAUGCUAACUAUUCAAACAACGCAUACGUUCUACUACCUGAUCAGGAAGGGCAAAAUAAUGGUGCAUAUUUCUGAUUUAAUCUUAAUGGCAGGCCUAAUAGCCUCUCUAAUUCACGAUGUUGGACACCCAGGUGUGACAAACUCCUUCCUAAUUUCCACUAAACAUUCAAAGGCAAUUAGGUAUAAUGACACAAAUGUGCUUGAGAACCAUCAUUGCGCAUUAGGUUUCAAACUCCUCAUGGACCCACAAAAUGAUAUUCUCGAAACUCUUAGUGAGGCUCAGAGUUGGAAUGUAAGACAAAUCAUCAUCAAUAUGAUUUUGGCGACUGAUAUUUCAAGUCACUUCGAGCAGUUGCUGGCAAUUCAGACAAACAAGAAGUUCCCUGAGGAUAAUAAGAAGGAUAAACAAGCUCUAAUGAACAUCUUACUAUAUGCUUCAGACCAUGCAAUCCCUUGCAUGCCUUCCAUGUACUACUUCAAAUGGAUGGUCGAACAGAUGGAAGAAUUCUACCAACAAGGCGAUAUUGAGCGCAAACUAGGUUGCAGAAUAACCCCCUUCUUCGACAGGACGACCAGUAAUCCAUUCUUAUUCCAACGAGGGUACAUUGACGUCAUUGUGAGGCCUAUAUUUACAACAAUGACCCAGUUCAUGCCUCAAAUAAAAGAAGAACUAAUUGAUUUCGGUCUGGAGAAGAACAAAGACAUCAUCGAAGAGAAGUUAAAUAAAAUCAAAUUGUAA